CCAAGCCCCAACCGAGUCCUGACACCGUCCGUCCGCCUCCUGGCUCCCCGGGAGCCCCGGACUGGCCGGAGCCAGAGCGGUGGCGGCGCGGAGAGCCCCGCGCGCCGGAGCGAGCGGAGCGGACUGGACGCGACUGGAGGAGGCGCGGCCGCCGCAGUAGCCAGUGACGGGCGUCGGGAGCCGCGGCCUCCCGGCCUCUGCUGCCCAGGCCAGCUCCGGGAGAGCGGGGAGUACGAAAACCCCACCCUCCGGGGCACCCCAGGAGAAGAGGCGGGAGCGGGGACGCAAGCCACCUUUCCCCCGGCCGGAGAGAAGACCCUUCCCACUAGGGCGAAGGAAAGAAGAGAGACCCCUCUAGGAGCGAGGAAGAUCCCCGGACUGGCCCGGGAAUAGAGCUCCCGAAGUGGAAAAAGGGGUGAUUCUUACCCAAGGAAGCGGAGUGGGACCGCCCCGGCGUGCCUCCACUCCUCCCGACUCACUCGCCGCAGUAGUGGACUUUGGAGGCAGAGAGAAAGGGGGAUAUGCCUGUGGAGUAGGCGCCCUCCAUCCUAUCCAGUCCUCACGGGGGAGAGGAUUCCUUUUGCUCGGAAGCAGAGGACACUCCAGGGAAAGAAGGGGAGCCGGCUUUCCGCCUUUCAGGAGAGGGAAGAACUCCCCCCAACUUCCUUGCACCUAGACAGUGGAACAGGGCCGAGCCCCUCCGCUCAGAUCUCCUGCGGACAGAAAGAGCCCUCCGCUCCCGACUGGAUCAGUUUGGGGGGGAGGGGGACUCCCCCAAGGGGGAGGAGACAACUCCUGGUUGGGAGAGGCUCCUCCCCUCCUCCCCAGGGUAACCGGCCCAGUGUGGGGGGUGUGCCACCUUCCACAGGUAGGACCUCCUUCUCCUCCCCCUGCCCCUCCCUCCGUGCCUCAUCCUCAGGGGACCCAGUUCCCCUCCCCAGCUUGGGAGGCUCAGCCAAGGACGGGAAGAGCCACUGAGGAUGAGAAUCUUCAUCUGCCUUUGAAGAGGGGCGUCCCUCCAACCCCAAACUCCAGUACCAGGUGGUCCCCUCCCUCUGCUGAGGGAAACUUGGAGACAGAACCCAAAAGUACCAUGGCUUCCGACCUAGAGAGUAGCCUCACCUCCAUAGACUGGCUCCCCCAGCUGACCCUCCGAGCUACCAUUGAGAAGCUUGGCAGUGCCUCCCAGGCUGGGCCUCCAGGUGGCACCCGCAAAUGUCCACCAGGCUCACCCACAGAUCCUAAUGCCACCCUGAGCAAGGAUGAGGCAGCAGUCCACCAGGAUGGCAAACCCCGAUACAGCUAUGCCACCCUCAUCACCUAUGCCAUCAACUCCUCACCAGCCAAGAAGAUGACCCUCAGUGAAAUUUACCGCUGGAUCUGUGAUAACUUUCCCUACUACAAGAAUGCUGGCAUUGGCUGGAAGAAUUCAAUUCGGCACAACCUUUCUCUCAACAAGUGCUUCCGGAAGGUGCCCAGACCUCGGGAUGACCCUGGGAAGGGCUCUUAUUGGACAAUUGACACCUGCCCCGACAUCUCCCGAAAGAGAAGACACCCUCCAGAUGAUGAUCUACCCCAAGACUCACCGGAACAAGAGGCAAGCAAGAGCCCACGAGGAGGCAUUCCAGGGAGUGGAGAAGCCUCACUGCCUCCCGAGGGGAAUCCUCAGAUGUCACUCCAGAGCCCCACCUCUAUUGCCAGCUACAGCCAGGGCACAGGAUCUGUGGAUGGCGGGGCAGUGGCAGCAGGGGCUCCAGGACGAGAGAGCACUGAGGGUCCCCCUCCCCUGUAUAACACCAACCAUGACUUCAAAUUCUCCUACUCAGAGAUCAAUUUUCAGGAUCUAAGCUGGUCCUUCCGAAACCUCUACAAAUCUAUGCUGGAGAAGUCUUCCUCCUCCUCUCAACACGGCUUCUCGUCUCUCCUGGGGGACAUGCCGCCCUCUAACAACUACUACAUGUACCAGCAGCAGCAGCCACCGCCCCCACAGCCGCCGCAGCAGUCACAGCCGCAGCAGCAACAGCAGCAGCCGCCGCCCCCGCCGCCUCCGCCGGCGGCCCCCGCCCAGGGCCCCUCCGCUGUGGGGGGUGCGCCUCCACUGCACACCCCAAGCCCAGAUGGCUGUACCCCACCAGGGGGGAAGCAAGCUGGGGCCGAGGGCUACGGGCCUCCCCCGGUGAUGGCCAUGCACCCACCCCCACUGCAGCACGGAGGCUACCACCCCCAUCAGCACCACCCCCACCCCCACCCCGCCCAGCAGCCACCGCCACCACCACCGCCACCGCAGGCACAAGGCCAAGCUCCCAUCAACAGUACUGGCUUUGCCUUUCCUCCUGACUGGUGCUCCAAUAUCGACUCCUUAAAGGAAAGCUUCAAGAUGGUGAAUCGGCUCAACUGGUCCAGCAUUGAGCAGUCGCAGUUCUCAGAGCUGAUGGAGAGCCUGCGACAGGCAGAGCUGAAGAACUGGAGCCUCGACCAGCAUCACAUCGCCAAUCUGUGUGACUCCCUCAACCAUUUCCUUACUCAGACUGGUCACGUGCCCCCCCAGGGGAGCUCCCACCGGCCGCCUGCCCCUGCCCGCAUUUCGGACUCCUGUGCCCUCACCAGUGGCAAACAGGAGCCGGCCAUGAACCAAGUGAACUCUUAUGUGCACCCUCAAGCCCCUCACCUCUACCCGGGCCCAUCACCCAUGUACCCGCUCCCCACCCAGGACUCAGCAGGAUACAAUCGCCCAGCACACCACAUGGUCCCUCGGCCACCGGUUCCACCUCCUGGGGCCAACGAGGAGAUCCCCGAUGACUUCGACUGGGACUUGAUUACUUAGUGCAUCACAGAGUUUGGCCAUCAGCCCAGGGCUAGGUGGUGAAGUCUGGCAGUGGAGAAACAGCAGCCCUGCCCGUCCCUUCCACCCUUGCCUGUAUAUAGAUAUAUAUCCUCUUUUUUUUUUUCUUUCUCUGCCAGAGAAGCCACCGCAAGAUGCUGCCGAAGAUAACCCCCUCUUUCCUGCCUCAUUCUUCCUCUGCCUUCUUGUUGGUUUUUUUCCCCCCAAAUUCUUUAAUUAUUAUUCUUAUUAUAUUAUUAUUGUUAUUGGUUAUAUGCUGUCUCCUGUCCCUACACCAUGGACCAUGUCCACCUCUUGCUAAUUUAAAAUCUUCUGGCUGGAAGGUGAGGCUAUGAUAGCCACAGAGAAGGGUCUCAAACUUUGAUUUACCUUUCUCUUUGAGAAAGUCUGCGCUCAUCGCACCUUUCAGCCCCCGAUUGUUUUCCGGGGAGGUCAUUUCCGUCCAGGACUGGAGAGGCCAUGUCAUCAAGUAGAAGGGAUUGAAAACACUGCUUGGCAGCCGUGAAUUUGCAGGUUUUCCUCAAUGGUGCUAAUUUUGUCCUCUGAACUCUUCCUUGUCCCUUCCUAUCUCCAACCCUGAUCUUCAUUCCCCAUCAAGGGUAAGAGUGACGGUGGUGGCGCAGGAGGGUGACCGUAAAAUCCUAGUGCAAUAAGAAGCCUGGGUCGGGUGAAGAAGAAAACCGCUGAGGGCAAUGCACUUGGAAGGUGGGUGUGUGCUUCUAGGUCCGGUCAACUGCCAGUGGCUUCUUCCUGGCCCGUUCUCUGUAGGAGAGAGAGUUGGUCUCAGCCAGGACUCUGCUUCUCUGGUAGGAAUGAAGACAACUCUUCAGCACAGGGUCAGCUUUUCGGAGAGGAUGUCAAGUUAACCCUUUUGGCUUUUCGAACAUCAUUUGCUUUGGAAAUUAACUGUGGCUUUUAUUUGCAUAUACAGAGUAUCCCUUUUUCUCUUAUCUCAUGCAGCAAAUAUGAUUUCAUCCUCCUUUAGUGGUUUCCUCAACUUUUCCACCCAUCUUAUUCUCUUCCCCCAUUUUCUGGGAUUCUCCAGAAAGGAAAGCAGCCCAUUGUCACUUUUGGUUUCACCGUGUCCUGGGACAAGAUGGACAUCUCUUUCCUACUCAUCACAGCAGAGCCAAACCUGUAAUACUGGUGGCAGGAGGAUGGGGAAAGGGGAGGGGAGCUGGCAUAGACGUGAGUGGGGAGUAUUUCAGUUAUUUACCUAUGUAGGCAGGUGCUUCUCUUGGACUCCGGAUCACUGGGGCUGAAGGCUUUUGCAGUUAGGCUUUUGAGGGGUGAAGGAAAUUGGCAGAGGCUGGAAUAAAUUAUCUAAAGGGAAGAGUUCCAUGAGGGCCAAGGGAGACACUCCCCCCACCCUCAAAAAAGGUACAGGGAUAACUUACCUCCUCCAACAAGGAGCGGCCGUGAUUUAUUGCCACAAAGUACUCAGUGUCUAUUUGAUAUUCAUUGUUGAAUUUUAGUUACGAGAGGGAAGACGAAUUUUACUUUGGUUGUUAUUUUCCUGGAUGUUCGCUUUCUCAAAGCUGCAGGACAAAACGUUACAGAACGGACAAAGCCACUCUCUCUGUGAUUUCUCUGCUUUUUGUUCAUAUUCUUUUUAUUUACCCAGGCUUUCCUGCUCUCCUUCUUCCCCCACCCCAUCCACUCCUUCCUUUCUUUGUAAGCGGUCAUAUAUGAGAGUUUGUUGGAGAAAUCCAGUGAGGCUGAAGUCAGGGGGCGAGAAAGGGCAGUUAACUAAACAGCACUUUAUUUCUUUGAGGUUCUUUGUAGGACAUGGGGGUGUGAGGGGUGUGAACACCCCCAUUGUGUUGGAGGGCAGUUGAUGGGGUUGAAUGUUUCCCGUUGGGAAAGGAAAAUUGCUCUUCAAGGGUGGAGACAUGCCUUUGCCCAGGGUCCCUCUCUUAGGCGUGUCUCCCUUAUUUCUCCCCAUCGAGGUGCCUCCCACACACAGCGUCCCAUCUGUUCUCCCUAAGAUUCCUUCAUUACCAAUCAUCACUCUUUUCUAAACCCCUUUUCUACUCAGAUCCGUACAGGAUUUUCAAGGGUAGGCUCACUCAGACAUGUAAAUGUCCCUUGUUGAGAAUUCAUCUGUGUCUUCUGAAAACAAGUCUCCUUAAGAACGCUGGUGGGCAGCCUGCCUAGCUGAAGUCUGGGGCUAGGGCUGGGGAUUGGCUGUUAGGCCUCCUGGGAUUUUAGCUCCUCUCCACUAAACCCAGCCUCGCUAAACGGCACAGGACAAACCUGACCCUCUUUGGGCCUCAGUUUCCCCUCCCCUCCAUGAAAUGGGAAGAAUACUACUUUUUCUUGAUGGCCCAGCAUUGCUGGCCUUAAAAGUAUCGUCAUUGUCGUUGUAUUGGGUGAUGUGUGCAAAACUGCAGACUCUUAUUGCCUACAAGAGGAAAUAAGGGAGAAAGUGGAGGAGAGGGACGGAAGGAGCGAUUUGGCAUGGAUCCACCCAUCCCUGCCUUUCUCCCUUCAGUCCCCAUGUUUCUGGUUUGGUGAGUCCUUCAUACCACCCAAAAUGCUUUGCAUUGGUGCAGGCUGGGAAGGGCGUGUAUGAUCUCACAAGUUGUUUUUUUGCAUGCUUUCUUAAUAAAAAAAAAAAAAAAGAAUGUUUAUGGUUUU